CGGCCCCCAUCUUCCCUCACUGUUCGAGCUUCCAUGGAUAACAACCCCCAACAAAUCGAUCCACCAAAGAAGAAAGUGGUGGUCUGCGGCGGCGGAGUCAUCGGCGUUUGCACCGCUUAUUUCCUUUCCAAGAAAGGCGCCGCCGUUACCCUCAUCGAACAAUCAUCCAUCGCCUGUGCAGCGUCGGGAAAAGCCGGUGGGUUCUUAGCUCUUGAUUGGUGCGACGGCAGCCCCGUCUCCUCCCUCGCACGUGCCAGCUUCGGUCUCCAUCGUUCACUCGCCGAAGAACUGAACGGCCGGGAAUUAUACGGCUACCGUCCAGUUAACGCCCUUAGCCUCUCCAUCGCCGAAUCGGAAAACCCACCACGUAGCCGGAAAUCAAAGCUUCCGCCGUGGAUCGACGGCCCGGCGAAGACCCCAAAAACCAUCGGAACGACUGAGACCACCGCUCAAGUUCACCCGCAGCUGUUUACUCGGACGUUGAUGGAGAAGGCGGUGGCGGAGUACGGGGCGGAGGUGGUUAUCGGGAAAUUGUUGAGCGUGGAGACUGGUGGAGGGAAGAUAUCGGCGGUGGUUGAGGGUGGUGGUGUGAUCGAUGGUGAUGCGGUGGUGUUGGCACUUGGGCCGUGGUCUAGUAAGCUUACGCUAUUGUCAUCUAUAAUUCGGGUUAAUGGGCUCAAGGCCCAUAGUUUAGUUUUGGAGCCCAAAGAAAUGGAUGCUAUUACGGCCCAUGCUUUGUUUCUUAGUUAUCAACCGGCCCAUGGUGGACAGCCCAUGGAUCCAGAAAUUUAUCCUCGUCCCACCGGAGAGGUGUAUGUAUGCGGAAUGUCUUCCGAGGAAGAGGUUCCCGAUGAUCCGGAUCAGAUCGAACCGAACCCGGAUUCAAUCCGGGUUUUAAAACGUGUUGCUGGGACGGUAUCUAGCCAUUUAGGAGUAGAAGCUCGAGUAAAAGCCGAACAAGCGUGUUUCUUGCCGUGUACCGAUGACAGCAUCCCAGUGAUUGGCGAGAUUCCUGGCAUGGCGGGGUGUUUUGUGGCGACGGGCCAUAGCUGUUGGGGAAUUCUUAACGGGCCUGCCACCGGAGCCGCCAUGGCGGAGCUUGUGAUGGAUGGUGGCUCCAGCAUUGUCGAUCUUACUCGGUUUAGUCCGGCCCGAUUUGUUGGAGGGAUAGGAAAAAGGCGAUAAAUUUGAAUAAUGUUGAUAUAUAUUGUAUAUUGAUACAUUUUCAAUAAGAAUAUUUA